AUGGUUCUUGCCAGCUCUACCACCAGCAUCCACUCCAUGCUGCUCCUGCUCCUGAUGCUCUUCCACCAGGGACUCCAAGCUUCAAUCAGUGGCCCGGGUACCCGCCGUUUAACCAGAACGUUGAAUUGCAGCUCUAUUGUCAAGGAGAUUAUAGGGAAGCUCCCAGAAUAUGAAGUCGAAACUGUUCAUGCAAGAGCCCUGAGGGAUAAGACCUUUCGGAGAGUAAACCUGUCCAAAUUCCUGGAAAGCCAAGGGAAAUUGGAUCCUAAGGACAAAUAUGUUAUCAAGUCCAAUCUUCAGAAACUUAACUGUUGCCUGCCUGCAUCUGCGAAUGACUCUGCGCUGUCAGGGGUCUUCAUUCGAGAUCUGGAUGACUUUUGGAAGAAACUGAGAUUCUACAUGGUCCACCUUAACGAUCUGGAGACAGUGCUAACUUUUAGACCACCUCAGCCUGCAUCUGGCUCCGUCUCUCCUAACCGUGGAACCGUGGAAUGUUAA